AUGGCAGGCAGUUCCACGUGGUCCGCUGGGCUGCUUGGACCGUGCUACAGAGAUUGCGGUCAGUUGGGUGAGUUCUACUUUGUCACGCACUGUUGUGGGGCUCAUACUGAUGAAGGCCUCCUCAGUCGUGUAGUGCUUUGUCAAAGGUGCAUUCAGGAAGGAUGCCCCUUUUGUGGUCAUCCUAUUUCGGAACGUGAUGUCAGAAGCGUGACGGACAAGCUUCCGACACUUGUGACAGAAUCGGGCUGCUAUGAAGGUAACCCGAAUGAGUCUGCAGUGGACUCCGAGAACCGCAUGUGGUUGGCGGGUUCGAGAUACCCUUUGUUGCCGCAGAGCAAUAUUUGGCUCACCGAUGAGAUCCUUGAUUUGUGCUGUACUUCAUGCGGCAAGACGUUCACCACGCUGCAUUAUGUACAUGACUAUGAUCAAGAUCCUGUUCAUGGCAUACAUGAUGGUGGACAACCCUUUGUCCACAAUGAUAUCACAAUUGAUCCAACAGUUGAAGAAUUUCCAAUGCCUCCCAAAAGCUGUGACUGUGGAGGAUGGUUGCAGUCUGAGGGUUUGGACAUCAGGAAAAUCAUUUGGGAGAGAUUCCAAGAAGUGCAAGACACCCUGCUUCAGCAAAGGGUGAAACAGGUGUGCUGUGAGCCAUCUUGGUACUUGACCCGCAUUGCUAGUGAGCUGAAGACCACAGAUUCAGUGCAACAGCUUCUUGAGUUUCCUGAGCUUUUCCAAGUCUUGAAUGCGAUGCUGCCGACAUUUCCCUACACAGAAUGGGCAGAAAGGUUUCACUGCGAUGGAAUAAGCGUGGGAGAUGCCUUCCUCUCUGUCGCCAAGAUUUUGUGCGCAGUGGCAGCAUUUUGCAUGCACGACAUAUAUACAGGGGAGCUCAAUGAUUCGAACGUGGAGAUUCUGUUGGGAAGCCGCAGCAUUGUGGAGUGGGACCCAAAGUACGCUGAGAGUGUUUUUGGAAAGCUGGUUUUUGCGAUGAACCUUCCAAAUAGCUAUCUUGAGAAAGUCUUGGAUGGCUGGUUGAUUGAACGACAAGACCACUUGUUUAAGCCAGCCUUCAAUUUGUUCAAAGUGCUAGGCUACCGGAUGUACACGUGGGAAGCUCCUGCAAACUAG